CCAAAACCAACCUAUUUUCUUUUCUGUCACUCGGUUCAUUCAUUCAUGUAUUUGUCAAAUUGUCAUACGCGUCGCCGAUGUGUCAGUGGUCGAUCGUUGUAUAGUGUGUUAUUUGUGUCGUAAAUGUGGUUCGAUUAUGUGAUAAUGAGAAGACACGCGCUUUACAACAUUAUUAUUAAGUGAUGCAUGUGUUUUGAGUUUAGCAUCGUGUUAAAAAACGUUGUUUUCAUUUGUAUGUCAUUGGACUCUUCAAUAUGGCGGCCCCUCGUCACAAAUCACAACAGAAAAAUAUAUCUUCGUUAAUUUCGAAGUUGCACGGGGCGUUCUCGGAUGCAGUAUGCCCUACUAAACUUGCGACCGAUAAAAGGACAUUGGAUAAGACUUGGAAGUUGAUGGAUAAAGUGGUGAAACUGUGUCAGCAUCAUAAGAUGAAUUUGAAAAACAGUCCGCCGUUUAUCCUGGACAUACUGCCGGAUACGUACCAACGUUUGCGUGUGAUAUACUCGAAGUACGAGGACAACAUGCAGGCGUUGAAUAGCAACGAACAUUUUAACAUAUUUAUAAUUAAUUUGAUAAGGAAAUGUAAGCAGGCUAUAAAGUUGUUUAAAGAGGGAAAGGAGAAGAUGUUUGAUGAGAACUCUCACUACAGACGUAACUUGACGAAGCUGAGUUUGGUGUUCAGCCACAUGCUGAGCGAGCUGAAGGCGAUGUUCCCUAACGGGACGUUCGCCGGCGAUCAGUUCCGCAUCACCAAGAGCGACGCCGCUGACUUCUGGAGAACAAACUUUGGAAACAGUACACUGGUGCCAUGGAAGAUAUUCCGCGAGGAGUUAAACAACGUGCAUCCCAUAUCAUCAGGGCUCGAGACGAUGGCGCUCAAGACCACCAUAGACCUCACGUGUAACGACUUCAUAUCCAACUUCGAGUUUGAUGUAUUUACGAGGUUAUUCCAACCGUGGAGUACACUGCUCCGCAACUGGCAACUCCUGGCGGUGACGCACCCAGGCUACGUGGCGUUCCUCACGUACGACGAGGUCAAGGCGAGGCUCCAAAAGUAUAUACAUAAGGCUGGCAGUUAUGUGUUUAGGUUAUCAUGUACACGGCUAGGGCAAUGGGCGAUAGGCUACGUGACAGUCGACGGUGAAAUCCUGCAGACGAUACCGCAGAACAAAAGCCUAGUGCAAGCGCUUUUAGACGGCUAUAGAGAGGGAUUCUACCUGUACCCUGACGGCCGGGACGUGAACCCGGACCUGAGCAGUGCCAUCAUAUCGCCGGCCGAAGACCAUAUCACGGUCACUCAGGAGCAGUACGAGUUGUACUGUGAAAUGGGUAGCACGUUUCAACUAUGUAAGAUUUGCGCGGAAAACGACAAGGACAUCAGGAUAGAGCCCUGCGGACAUCUACUAUGUACGCCGUGUCUAACUGCCUGGCAAAUUGACUCGGAGGGUCAGGGCUGCCCCUUCUGCCGCGCGGAGAUCAAGGGCACCGAGCAGGUCGUCGUCGACGCCUUCGUGCCGCCACGACCGCCUAAUACUACACAAGACAAGAACACAAAGACUGCAGUUAAACAGGUGUCAUCAAAUUCGUCCGGUUCAUCCGGAUCGUCCGGAUGUAACGGAUCCAGUGUAGAAACAUCGAUAUCCGGCAACUCGAACGGCUGGGCGUCUAGGAACGCGACAUUCAACGGACUUACCGACGAUAUUGACGAUGCAGAGGACUGGGCUGAAUUCAACGCGGCAACAUCCACAAUAGACGCACUACGCCCCUCAGUCCGCUCUCCCCUCGCGUCCCCGCGUCAGUCGCCCCGCAGCACGCGGCGCGGCGCGGGGCGGCCGGAGAACGCGUACGGCGAGCUGCGCGCGCCGCCGCUGCCGCCGCGCAAGAGCCUGUCACCCGCCGAGCCCGCCAUCCUAGCCGCGCUCAGCGUGCAGGAUAUAGCGGCUGCUAGUAGUGCUCAUGUCCCGGAGCCCAGAAGACGUUCGUCGUUAGAACCGGAGCCGGACUCGCGGCAUCGGCUGACUUCCAUCAUCACGGGGUCCACGGAAACUAUCACUGGCGUCAUUGACACCAGACAUGAGGUGCCACCCGACCCCAGAGCCUUCGAGAAGCCCCGUCGCGCGUGCACCCCACAGUCCAACAGCCGCCCCCUCCCCGCACCCCCGCCCGAACGUCCUUCCGACACACCCACCCCCACCGAACCCAAACCCGAAAUCCGAUACAACUCGGACCGACCAGAACCCUUGCCGAACAGACAAGAAAACCAGACCAGACAACUCCCAAACCCACCUGAAAACAGACAGCCACCUAACCCCCCCGAAAACAGACAGCCUCCAGAAACCAGACAGCCACUCAACCCACCAGACAAUAGACACCAUGUGCCAGAAAAUAGGCCAAACACACACAUGCAAGAAAGACAAGAGAGGCACAUGCAAGACAAUAGGCAAGAGAGACCAGAACGUUGCGAGAGUCGGCAAGAACGACACAUCCCCACCCCAGACUUAAGACAAGAAAACAAACACGAAAUUCGCGUCAUAGACAAUCGUCAAGACCGACACGUGCCAGAGAAUAGAGAAAAGUCAGAAAGACAUCUUCCUAUGUCGGACAGUCGGCACACGGAUUUCCGUCUACCCCCCGAAAGACCGCCGGAAAAACCGGAUAGGAUAAUAGAAUCUAGGUGUAGUUUUGACCGGGAGACUAGGCUAGAAAAUAGGGCUCCGCCUAGGCAAAGAUCUUUGCCGGCGACCACUAGUGGGAGUGUAGACCAGCCUACUAAGUCUACGACUAUGCCUAAAUUCCCUUCGGAAGAUAUAAAAGACCCACCGUAUGAAAAUGUGGCUGUGGAGAAAAAUGAGUUGGCUGUUGCAGCAAAGAAAAUCAACCCCCUAACUCACGACAAACACGGUAGGAAAUACGGCGACAACGUAUCGUACGAAAACAUAAAUUUAGACUACAUUGCGCGCUUAGUAGGGGAAGGUUAUCCCAAAGACAUAGUUGUACGCGCAUUGGGCAUCACCAGGAACGAUUUAGAAAUGGCCUGCGAUAUAUUACACGAGUUUGGAUCUAAAGUACCUAAUAAGUGUUAAUGGUAGGUAGUUUGUUCUUUGAAUUGUACGCUUUGGUGGUGUUAAUGGUCGUUUUGGAGAUUAACCGGUCAAUGUGCAAAAUUGUUCAUUUUAUUUUAGAUCGAUGACUUGAUAAGACAAACAUCUCAUUUUUAACCGACUUCCCAAAAAGGAAGAUGUUCUCAUUUAGUCAGGAUUAAAAAAAAAACAGUAUGCAAAGACGGCCAUUUACAUCAUCAAAUCGUUACUAACAGGUUUAGAAUUCAUACCUUAUGAACUAAAUAUAAGUCUGAUUUUAACUUGUACAUAUUUCAGUGUCAUCGUUUGGUAAAACUUUUCAUAGUAAACUGACCUUUAUUGCUUAUGAAAUAACCACUAUUUCACUUUGAACAAUAGCAGCGAAUAUUCCUAUAGUCAGUAAUUUGCUACGGGUUUUAUUUGAGCACAAAGAUAUAUACAAAUUAAUAUAUCCAUUAUUUUUUCUGUAUGUUAUGUCGCUCUAUCAAAAUGGCUGACAACGUGCAUCUGUCAAACACUAAUGACAUCUAUGUUUUACGGCUAAUGUGCGAAAUGACUGGCAAAGUGCAGAGUACCGAAGCUUUCGAUAAUGAGUUUUUAACUUGAUAACAUAUACCUAUUCAUAUGUAGGUACUCAUGUUUAAACGUAUAUUUUGCAAUCAAUAAAUAUUUAAAGUUUGAUUAUAUUUCUUAUACAAGAACAUUAAAACGGACUUCAAAAUAAUAUCAGCUUCUUUGAAUAUCCAUUAUCCAGCGUUUUGCAUAACAUGCUGAGAAACGCAACUGAAUUUCAAUCGAAGUCUUUUUUGUGAAUUCGCUAAACAGAUAUUUAAUCCCCGGAUCCACUAAAGUGGAGCAGAGAGAUUUAAAAAAAAACUUCUAUUUGAUUCCUUAAACACUCCUCCACUCCUAUCCGCAUUGGUGGAAUAUUUGCCUUUGUUGUAACAUAGAUGUCAUUGCGAUCAAACACUAAAAUUAACCUUAAACACAUAGAAAUAAAGCACAAAUUCCAAGCACAAGCCAUGACGAAUCUUCCGAAAUCCUGAAUUUAUACUGUAUUGUUCUUAGGUGCGUAUGAACAUAGGAUGGUAGCACAAAAUUGACCUAACGUUUCAAUGUAGGUACAGAAAAACAGUAGAAAUUUUCUAUAGAAGAGGUCGGUUGCACCAUAUAAUUAAAACGAUAUUCAAACUAUAACCAGUCGUCAAAUUGAUGAAAAUUAAGGCUCAAAUGCAUCGACAACAUAGACAGUUUUUUUACGUGUUUCAAAAUGAGCAUUUAUUUGCUUAAGGAAAAAAUGACGUUUAUAUUGUCGUUGAAACUGAGCCUAAAUCGGCGAUUUGACUGUUGGUUAUGGUUCGGUUAGCGGUUAGUUUAAUAGUGCAACCAACUCGAAAACUUCAUUUUUUAAUCUGCAUUUAAUAUUAUGAACACAAAUCUUCGUUAGGACAAUUUUGUGCAAACCAACUGAAAUAUACUAUUACUCUAGAAUACGUUUACGAUCAUUAGUAUAGCUAAAAAUAUCACUAAAGUUGAAUUUGUUAUAAACAAGCGUCAUACUAUUAACUUUAAGUAAAAACUAAACUUCAGUAACGGUAAGUAAUUUUAAUAGGUAAUUAUUUGGCGCAGUAGUGUUAACAUAAUGUCUAAAAAUCGACGCAAAGUCAGCAUUGUCCGGUCAAAGUAGACAAUGCCUUUCACUCCCUGGCAAUUACGAGGAAUGGCUAAAUAAUGUUUAGCUGCUAAUGGGGGGGAAAUAUUGAUUGCUUAGCUGUGAUUUUCAAGUCUGCAUUGUCAGGCAAAGUAAUUAAUAUAAACUUUUUAUGGCUCUCGUACACAAAUGAAAAAUGUAUGCAAGAGUCAAAAUGUGACAGAUUGGCGAACUGUCAAUAUAGAUGGUGUUCAUAAUUAUGACCUUUAUCGCCACAAAACAACAUCCUGUCGUGUAAAUCUAAAAUCGUGAUAGUAUUACAUAGAUCAAUAUAAUAAACUUAUAUUUAAGGCACAUUUAAUGUAUUUAUUUCGCAUCAUUUUAGUGACACUAAAACUUAUUCCAGUGUUUUCUUUUAUUUUAUCAGUAUUCAUUUUAACUCAAUAUAUUUUUCAUUGAUUAAUUAAAUAAAGCUUUGUAAAUAGUUACUUGUACGAAUAAAUAAUGCCUAUAUUUUCAUAUAAAAUCGCUGUCUCAUAAUGUUUACUUAAUAGUGGUUCAUAUAGAAUAUAUUUUUUCAUAUUUAUGUCAUAUUUCUGUAUGAGAUAAUACAAAUUUUGACACUUCGACUUAUGACACUUGCAAUAUUUAAUGUCUAGUAUAACACUUAAAAUUGUUGAUGUAAAUAAUAAUUAAUAUUUAUAUUUUUUUGGAUAUAAAAUAAACUCGUACGUGUUGCAUUGAUCUUCCUUUUUGGUAUAAUAUUAGAAAAAAAGAUGUAGUUAGUUUGAUAAGUUUUUACUAAAAACAAAUUCUUUUUGAAAUUCGAAGAGCUUACGAUGGCACCAACGUUUCCUGAUAUUGUUCUUCGUAUUUUUCUAUACAAAAAAAAAAUAUUUUGUAAAAGUGCAAUUUUCAUAAUUGUUCGUCUUUUCUUUUUUAUAUUGCUUAUACAACUUGUAAGAAAACUGCUUCAGAUCUUAUUAAUUUUACUUUUUCAAAUGUUACUUUUUUGGCUUAUUCCCAGUUGAAUUACGAAACAAUUUUGACGCAGUUUUCUCAAGACAAUUAUUGUGCUUAGUGAAUGACUUGACUGAAUUUUUAGGUUAUAAUCUAUCUAGUCUUAAUAUUUCACUUUUUUGCUAAUUUCAUCUGUUCGUUUAUAAUAGUUAAUUAAAUGAGGAUGCUAAUAAAUUGUAAUUAAUGCCAAUAAUUCUUAAUAUUACAACUUUAAUGAUAUAGUUCGUAGUUUCCACUGACGUUUUAGGUACCUACCUAUUAAUUAUGAGUGAAUACAUAUCCACCACACUACUAGUCAAGAUUCACUUUUUUUAUAAAAAUGUUUUGCAUAUUUUGCUUAUACAUUUUUAUUUAAAAAGAUGUAAUGUUAUACUCUAUCCACGGAAGCAAGAGCUAAAAGGUAAACAAAGAAUGACACUUUUUCAAGAUGGCGGUAUAACCCGACCGAUGACAAAACGUCACAUUUUUGUGUAAAAUGUUCGCAGUAUCUGUGAUUUUGUCAUCGGUCGGGUUAUACCGCCAUCUUGAAAAAGUGUCAUUCUUUGUUUACCUUUUAGCUCUUGCUUCCGUGGAUAGGGUAUAGUAUUUUGUGAUUAACAGGUUGAGUGUACAUUUGAGGAUUUCAAGUAUAAAAUAAAACUUUUAUACUAAUGUCAUUGUUAUGCACACUACACAAGUCCAUGAUUAAAGCAGGGAUAUCUAUUAAAUAAUAAGCAAAAUUCAUGUUGAAACAUAAAUCACUACGAACAUUAUUGACCACGGAGCUUACCUCAUUGUGAAAUCCUGAAAUGUACACCUACCCUUAUUGUAAUUCCCUUAUAACUUAAAUUUUCGAAUACGCGAGCUGUAAUAAUCAUAAUUUCCUUUUAAAGCGCGUAUUGCUUCUUAUUAAAUUAGUUUUACAACAAAAUAUUAGUAAUUAUUUAUAUUUAGUCAAAUAAUUGUUUAUAAUCUCACGAGCAUCACAAAAUAUGAUUGUUUCAAAUUAAUUAAUUUAACGAAAUAAUUAUUUUUUCAAUAAAACCAGCGAAUGAAUGAUUUCAAUCAAAAUACCGUAAUGGUCUAAACAUUUUUCAUAACAUUGACUGGUCAUUAUCAGAAAUGACCACUUUAAAUGCUAGCUAAAGUGGGUUUUUGAUUGUUACCAUUCAAGAGAAUGUACCUACAGUUAUUUAUUAUUAUUUUUUUCCAAAAGAGAGAGAUUCAAAAACAAGUAGAUAUUCAUAUCAUGGGACAAUAUUUUGCGGUUGACAUAUACCUUGAUGUACAAUGCACUUUUACCAGUGUUAGUUGUUACUGGCUAAUGUUAUUAAUAUUAUGAGGGUGCUGGAGAAACUGUGUAAUGGCAUUGUUAGAUAAUGACUAGAAGGAAAGUUGCGAAAAGUCUUAGAAAAAACAUUUAUUUUUCUUUUUUAAUUCGUAUAUUUCAAUGUAUUGACAUUUUUGGUGAGAAUAUGUAAUCUUAAUUUUGACACAUCUGAUUCUUUAAUGUUUUUUUUUGUAUGAAAAUUAUUUGUACCUAAUCAUAUUGUUAUUAUUUUGUUUAUUUGCGUUAUAAAUUGAUGUUUCUUUUGGUGGAUUGUAUGAAUUGUAUAGGUUUGUAAAAAUAUUAUUGCGAUGAUAAUAUCAGUUGUCUUAUACAUUGAUGAAAUUGUAAAAUAUUAUUUUUUGAAAAUAAAGCGCCAUCUAACGGAUGAAUUGUCAACGGAAUGUUUUGGGGAGGCUACGUUUUGUUUUACGCUUUAGUAAAAAUACGUUGCUAAAUAUAUUUAAGUAAAAUUAUA